AUUCGUCAGCUCGGUGAUUGGACAGAAGGGAUUAAGAAGGCAUUCUCAGUGGUAUGUCAAGCUCCUGAACCUGGAAAAAGCGGACUUCUCAGAGCAGACGGACCAAACCAUAUAAGUUUGCCAGAGCUGUUGAUAGAUGGACCUUAUGGUGCUCCAGCGCAAGACCAUUGGAAGUAUGAUGUGGUAUUACUCGUUGGCCUUGGAAUCGGCGCAACACCUUUCAUUAGCAUUUUGAGAGAUCUACUCAACAACAUUAUUAAGCAAAAUGAACAAGAUGUGAUCAGUAUGUCAGGUAGUCGUAGUAACAGCAACAUCUCGUCGGAUCACAGUUCUAGUUGCUUAAACUCGGAAGCUCGGUUUAGAAGUCCACAAAAUCAAACGAGGACAUUGAUGACCAAGAACGCUUACUUUUACUGGGUAACACGAGAACAAGGUUCGUUCGAUUGGUUUAAAGAAAUCAUGAACGAAGUUGCUGAUUUGGAUAUAAAGGGUGUUAUUGAGAUGCACAACUACUUGACUAGUGUGUACGAAGAAGGAGAUACUCGAUCAACUCUUCUCACCAUGAUCCAAACGCUAAACCAUGCUAAAAAUGGCGUAGACAUAUUUUCUGGAACCAAGGUACGGACGCAUUUUGGGAGGCCGAAAUGGAAGAAGGUUUUAUCAAAGAUUAGCACCAAACAUAGGAACGCAAGAAUAGGAGUGUUCUAUUGUGGAGUACCGAGCUUGGGGAAGGAACUUGCAACACUCUGCCAUGAAUUUAACCAGACGGGUUGCUCCAGGUUCGAGUUCCACAAAGAACAGUUCUAAAGGAAAAAAAGAAUAUAUAGUCCCUCACGUUUAUUGUUUUUGGAUGAAAUCGAAUCAAGGAAUAUAUGUAAAUUGUUCAUGCAAUGUUCUUUUCUCAUAUCCUUGUUGUUUUUUUUUUCUUUUCCUUUGGUGUAUGUAUCACACAUUUUAACCAUUUCAUCUUAGAGUAGGAUUGUCAAAAAUGUUAAAAAAUCACAGUUAAAGCUUGUGAUAAAAAAAGACAAAUAGAAAAAGAAAAAGUUCGCACAAGUUGCAGAUGAUUUAAUCAGAUUA